AUGGAUUUUUAUAAUACAACUACUUUUGCUUCAAGCGAAACUUAUAAUUCCUACACAGCACCGAAACGCGAAUUGUUAUUUAUUAGCGUUUCAUUAUUAUUCAUAGUUGUUUUAAAGUCUUUUUUGCAAUAUAUCGAUUCCAAACUUCCUUUUAGAGCCGUAUUAAUGGCUUCAGGAGCUACCAUUGGUUAUGUGGCAAGAGGAAAUAAAGACUUCGCGAGUUACUUGAACCUAUCAUCUUUAGACCCAAAUCUGUUUAUGAUAAUUUUUCUUCCUAUGUACAUAUUCAAUAAUGUAUUCAAAAUAAAUCAAGCAGUUUUCACUAAAAAUCACUGGCAAGCUGUAGUUCUAGCUUUGGCUGGCGUUUUAUCCAAUGCUGCAGUUGUAGGUGGCCUAUUGAAAGUAACUUUCUUCCAGGAAUGGUACUGGACCACGGUGUUAAUUUAUGGUGUCCUAUGUUCUCCUAGUGACGGCCAAGAAGUUAUAAAUCAGUUAUUCGAUUCGCCGAUCGCUCAAUAUUUUCAAACGCUACUUGAAGGAGAAUCUUUCUUCGGGGAAACUUUAAGCAUUUAUUUAUUUAAAUUUUUGUUAUACAAGCAAAUAGAAUGUGUUAAUAUUCAUGAGUCAUUUAAUCUGGGUUUGCAAUUCGUAGUCGGAGCUAUGAUAUUUGGUUACAUUAUGGGUAGAAUAACAGCCUUGGUGGUUGUGCAUACAUGUCGUCCUGCAACUUCUAACGCUAUUAUAAUCAGUUCUUUAUAUAUGACUGUAUAUAUAGCGAUGUACUGUUUGAACGUUUCUGCAGAUAUUGCAGUUGCAAUUCUUUCUGCAGUUUUAGCAAAACGCCAAUAUCGAAUGAAGAAUAAAGUAAGGCGUGAAACAGCUGAGCUGUGGAACAUUUUAUCUUUUAUUGGCAUAUCAUUUACCAUUUUUCUGGCGAGUUGUGCAGUUGGCCAAUAUACUACGCAUAUCGUUGAAAUGCAUGAUGUAUUUAAAGUCGGCAUAACAGUAAUAAUCAUACCGUUUGUAAGAUCAUUAACUGUUAUUAUCGUGUAUCCCAUAUUAGCAAAAAUGAAUGGCGGAUUUACAAUUCGCCAAGCUGCGGUGACUAUUUUAUCUUUUGGAAGAAGUUCAUUGUCACUAGCUAUGUCACUUCUUUUAAUACAAUAUGGUACAAAAGAUGGAAAAUCGCAUAUAAUAAAUGUGCACGUAUUUUGGAUUGUAUUAAUUACUUUAAUUAUGGUCGGAUGUGUAACACCUCAUUUAUUGAAAUACUUACGAUUAAAGGAACCGUCUUUGAACAAACGUAAUCAUUUGAGAAACUGCUUAAGAAGAUUGGAAAAAUCUCGAGACAAAACUAUUUCAAUAUUGAAAAUGUUUCCUCAGAUGUCCGAUUUGAAUUGGACUGCUUUGGAAAAUGGUACCUCCAUUGAUCAUCCAUAUAAUGCAUCUAUGGAAGAUUACGACGAAGCAGAAAAUAAUGAUGUUUUAGCAUUUCUGGAUACCACGUGUCUUCCGUGUCGAACAUCACGUGUAUCCGAACAUCAUACUAACGAAGAAGUUUUAACUUUAAUGAGGAGAGAGGCAAAACGCAGAAUAUUGAAAGCAAAACGAAUUUCUUAUAGAAAGCAAUAUCACGAAGGACUACUCUCUUUGGAGACUUUGACGGCCCUGCUACAUAUGAUCGAUGAAUCAGAAUUUUCAUCAAAUAUGCAGUUAAAAACUGAUUGGAUCGAAAAUAUAUGGAAACCCAAAAGUUCUACAAUGAACAUGCGUCACAGGUUAUUAACGGUUCUGGUGCAGGACGAACCAGAGCCGCUAUGGGUUGAAGGAUCAUGUAGACAAAUAUCCUAUUCUAUAGCUACAUCUCAUAUUUUCAAAUGCAUAAUAUACUGUGCCGUAAUAUUAAAUUCACUUCUAAUGGUAACAGAAUUAACUGCACAUAAGUAUCCAAAUCCCGCUAUGACCGUGGCAUUUCAAUUCGGGCAUAUUUCGUUUUACUUUUUACUACUAUGGGAGAUAAGUAUUAAAAUCGCAGGUUUCAGUUUCGAUGGUUAUUUAAAUUCGAAGUGGAACCAAUUAGAGUUUAUGGUAUUCGUUUUGGCAACGUUGGACGAAUUUCUGCUUCUAAUGGGUUAUGUAUUAAUGGAAGACAUUGAAGAAUUAUUGAUUUCAUCCAGCUGGCUGAGAACUUUUAGACUUUUGAGAUUGUUGAAACUGAGCAAAGUUGUAGCACCUAGAAUUAUUAUGACAUUCGACUCGUUUUUGAAUAAUCGAAUGUUAUCUGCAUUUGAAAUUGGAAAAGUUAGUUGA